AUGGCUGCAGUCACCAGGGUCGAACGAGUGCAGCUCCACGACGAAACCCUUAGCUGGACAUGCUCGAGCGAAGACAAGACCGACGCUGCGACGCUGGACCAAGUGCUGUUCGUUCUGGAAUCACCCGACCCAUCGCAUGCUGCCCCCACCGCCGCAUACGUCAUUUGCUGCCUCAAGGAGGACCCGGAAGACUCGCUUCGACCGUACCAGCUCCUGCUCCUGUCUUGCGAAACGGUGCCCGAGAAGCUGCGCGGCGGGCGCCGCCUCGUGCGCCGCCUCCCCGACCACCUGCGGUGCACGCCGCGCCACCAAGUCGACGUGCUGGUGUCCACAAAGUCUGGCCGGGGGAGGGCUCCCGCGUUCUGGCAGCACGUCCUCGGCCCGCUGCUCCAAGUCGCCGGCGGCCGCGGCUCGGGCCGGUGGAACGUGGUGACGACGCAGGAUGCGCACAGCGUGAGGAGGUACGCCGCGACGCUGGGCGGGUCGUCGUCGUCUCCGUCCCGGUGCACCGUCCUGCUGAGCGGCGACGGAGGCCUUGCGGAUCUGCUCAACGGGCGCCCCCCCGUUCCCGGUCCCGCGGGCUCCGGGGCCGCCCCCCUGCCCCUUGUCGUUCUCUUGCCUCUCGGCACGGCAAACGCCCUCUUCCACUCGCUCCACCGGCCGGUUGGGCUCGACAGCCCCGCGACCACGCCGCUUGUUCUCGCUCUGCGGACCUUGUUCUUCGGCGUGGCCGCGGAGCUGCCCGUCUUCAGGGCAUCUUUCAGCCCGGGCGCGCAAAUCGCUUCGCACGCGCCCUCCCUGCCGCGCGCAGCCGCAGACGCAGACGCCGACGCCGACGCCGCGCCGGCUGCGAGCGGGCAGCACGCGGACGCAACGUGCCUCUACGGCGCCGUGGUAGCCAGCUACGCUUUGCACGCCAGCAUCGUCUACGAGUCCGACACGCCCGAGCACCGCGUCCUCGGCAGCCAGCGUUUCGCCGUGGUGGCCCAGCGGCUCCUCCGCGAAUCGCACCCUUACAAGGCAUCCCUGCACGUGAGGGCGGCCUCGUCGCCCGUCCUCGAGCGCGACCCCCACCCCACGCACGGCUAUGUGCUCGUGUCCAUGGUGAGCAACUUGGAAAGGACCUUUACCAUUUCGCCCCGCGCGAGACCGCUCGACGGGAACCUGCACCUUGUCCGUCUGGGACCCCUCGGCGAGCAGAGGAUCAUGGAGGUGAUGAUGAAGGCGUACGACGGGGGCAGCCACACGGACCUGCAGUGGGACGAUGGGGAAAAGGUGCGCCAUGACCAAGUGGACGAGGUCGAGGUUGUGACGGAGGAGGAAGACGCGAGGUGGCGGGUGUUUUGCGUCGACGGGACGAUAGUGCAUGUUCCAAAGGGGGGAAGCAUGACUGUGAGAAAAGCCGAUGAGAGGCUUUUCCGCGUGCUGGUCGAUGAGGCUGUCGAGGUGUAG